UAGUACACAAGUAAUUUUGGAGUGUAUGCACUCAUUCUCAUAGUGUUUGUUAAAUUGUAAUAUAACAUAACCUCACAACAAUGGAUUUACUGUAUACUGUAAACAGAAAAGUCUCACCAAAACCGUUUUUAAAUCAAGAAAGUAAUCAAAUUUUUAGCCUGUAUGAGGGACAAUCUUUAUGCUCGUUAUCUAGUCGUAACAUAGCUGCUUUUACUACAACUACAGAAUUAGAUGAUAACAGUGGAAAGACAUGGGGAUCUCAUGUUUAUGUUUGCGACUUAAAUAUGCCUUGGCAUACUCACAAGGUAUUAUCAAACAAAAGUAUUAUUACUGCAUUGGAAUGGGAUUUACCAGGUGAUAAAUUAGUUGUUUGUGAUUCUACUGGACAUGUCCAAUUAUGGAUGUUUAAAGAUCAUGUUCUUAAUGAUUGGGUAUUAAUUGGUUCCACCUGUUUUGUUGGUGAACAUAUAUUAGGCGCAGCUUGGUUUCAUAAUGGGAAAAAGACAGGACUUGUGACAGAAAAAAAGGAUAGUAUUCAUUAUAGUGAAAAAUUUAAUCAUUUACCCUUUGUUCCUUCUGUAAGACAGUUUGGUGGUAGAGCAGCAGAAGGUGUAUUAGUAGUUUCAACCACUGGCAUGGUUGGUGCUGUUAUGAUCACAAAAGACUUUCAGAAUCCUAUUUGUUCCUCUACUGAAAGUUUAGGCAGCACAAGGCACAGAAUAACAGCAGUUGAUUUAUGUUAUGGGAAAAAUGGCCAUAUUCUGGUAGCCAUAAGUAGCGGAAAUAUUUGUUUGCCAAUUAGGUGUUAUAGAGUACUAGUACGUAAAAAUGAUGAUAAGUGUACCAUUACAUCACAAGCACUGCCUAGUUUUUUCCUACAGGAUGGUGCACCAAAGGACAAUACAUAUACAAGUGUAACACAUUUAAAGUUUGUAGUUCGAGAAGAUGCAGAUUCUUUAGUUAUUGCUGUUAAUAGCGAUAAUGGUGGUAUAGUCGAAGUAUGGGAAUUAAGGGAAAAAUCGCAACCUGUUCAUAAGUUGUUUCAGCCCAAAACAUUAGAACCAUUUAAAACUGUAGUGGUAUGGCAGCAUCAAUCGCAAUAUCGUUGUCAGUCACCAAUAACAGCGAUAGCGACUACAAAAUUAUCUAUAGUCACCACUUUACCUCCCCCAAGUUACGUUGUAGUAGCUUUAGCAGAUUCUUCAAUACAUUGUUUAAGUCGUGAUUGCUUAAAAGAAGUAGCUUAUUCUUCUCUGAAUAUGGCAUGGCGGUCUGAAGAGCCAAAUAAUAAGUACUUUAGAAAUUCGGUUUCAAUAACGAAUAUAGAUCUAUCUUGGCUAGGUUGUGUACUUUUAGCAUGUGAUACACGUGGAAAUUUGUAUGCAUAUAAAUUGCUACCUGAUGGAGGACCAUCAUUGACAUUAAGCUAUGCUUGUACAUUAUUAGAAUAUUGUUUAGUAACAGGAUUAGAUUGGUUGGAUAUACUGUUGUGUUUGAGGUCUUCAAUGAUCGAGCCAUUGUGUGAAAGAUUAGAUGUUUCUUUUAAUAGACAAUUACAGCCAAUACAACAGUAUCAUUAUAUCCAAUUUCUUUGCAUCAAAAUAUCAUUGUACAGAAUGCUAGUAUCUGGACAAAGUAAAGCGGCAGAUUUGUCGUCGUUGCUUAUGAUACAUUCAGUAGCAACAGCAUUUAAGUCGUUAUUACGUCCAUCAGAUUUAAUUUCUCAUGAUAAGGGACCAGCAGAGAGUUUAGCAGCAGUAAUUAAUGAUGCUAUUACUGAUGUAGAUAAGGUACUUUUACACCUCGAUCCCAAAGAAUUUACCGUAGAACCAAGUACACUUCAGUCGUUGCAGCAAUUAAUUCAAUGGGUCGCGGAUCUAGCUCUGAAUCUUUUAGCUCGUCUUCCGGAGCAGCGAUUGCAAAUGAAAUCUGGCGGUUAUGAACUCCUGAAGGACCACAAGGCCUUAAAUACAUUGAGAGAACUGCUCGUAAUUAUACGUAUAUGGGGUUUAUUACGUCCUUCGUGUCUUCCAGUAUUUCUUCGUAGUGCCGAUAAUCUUGAUGUAUUGGCCUUGUUAUUCCGUUUAUUAUCAAAAUUGGUUCAGCCGAACGGAGAUGGGCAGACACAGCAGGUAGACGAUGGUUUAAUUGAUGAUUGUUGCUUGCUACCUAAUCAGAUUAUGAUACCACAAUUACAUCAGGGCAAUAGUAUAACAGCUAUAGCUACACCUGUACUAUUUUAUCAAAACUUUCCUUUACAGUUAGAAUAUGGCAUAGAACCUGAACAAUUGCUAUUUGUACCUGAACUCAAUCCAGUUGAAGGUUGUAUGCAUAGUGGUCAGAUUGUAGAUGGUAUUAGGCAUUUGUAUCUUGGGAAGCAACCACUUCUCGUGAAACAAUGUACAAGGUGUGUUGGAAAAGCACAAGUUCAAAAUAUGACAAGGACAGCUGCAAUUAGAGCGUGGGAUCAAAGAUGGGCACGAGCUUGUCGUUGCGGUGGCAUUUGGCGAAUUCAUAAAACUUGUCCCUAAAUAAGUAAUUUACUGAAAUUUAUAUUACAACUACUUACGAUUUUAUACAUUGUAAGACAAAUCACAUUAAACAUUUUUAUUCAAGA